AUGACGGCUCCGCCACGCUAUACAUCCGAGCCAGCGGACCGCUCUCGGCUAGCAGAGCCGCUGACUUUCCACUUCUCCGGCCGCACCGCGCCGAAUCGCUUUAUGAAGGCGGCCAUGACGGAACAGCUGUGCACCUACGACCCGCAGGACUCGGAGAAGAACGGCAUGCCAACAAAGAACAUCGAGCGAGUAUACGAGCGAUGGGGGCGCGGCGGCAUCGGCUUGAUUCUCUCAGGCGAUGUGGGCAUCAGCCUCACUAACCUCGAGUCCGUUGGCGAUCCAGUCAUUCCUCCGGAUGCGCCCUUCUCCGGGCCCCGCUUCAACGGAUUCGCAGCCAUGGCGCGCGCUGGCAAGGCCCAUGGCUCCCUCAUGGUGGCCCAGGUGGCCCAUCCCGGACGACUUUGUGUCUUUGUCGACUCGCCAGUGUCGUCCUCGGAGGGCCAGGUUAGCAAUGACGGGCAGGGCGACGGCAUCUACAAGUACCCAAAACCGCACGCGGCCACGCUCGAAGAGAUCCGGGAUCUCAUCAAGGCCUUCGGACACGCUGCUGAAUAUCUGGCCAAGGCCGGUUGGGACGGCGUAGAGCUGCACGCCGCCCACGGCUUCCUCCUGGCCCAGUUUCUCAGCCCCAAGAUCAACAAACGCACUGAUGAGUACGGUGGCAGUAUGGAGAACCGCAUGCGCUUCAUACUCGAGAUUGGUCGCGAGAUUCGCCGACGCACGCCCCCGGAUUUUAUCCUAGGCAUGAAGGUCAACAGCGUUGAGUUUCAAGACACGGGCUUCGUCACUACCGAGGCGCGCAUACUGUGCCAGAAUCUGGAGCGGGAGACUUUUGAUUUCAUCGAGAUCACAGGCGGCACAUACGAGAAGAUUCUCAUGUACCACGGGUGGCGCGAGAGCACCAAGAAGAGGGAGGCCUUCUUCCUCGAUUUUGCGGAGCAGAUCGUGCCUGGCCUCACGGGCAAGACCAAGGUUUAUGUCACGGGAGGAUUGAGGACGAUCGGUGGCAUGGUCCGGGCUCUCGACUCGGUCGACGGGGUCGGACUCGGCAGGCCUCUGUGCGAUGAGUGGUUCCUGUGCAAGGAGCUUCUCGAGGGUAAGAUCGACGGGGCCACCAUUCCGGGCAUCCCCCAGACCGACUUUUGGCUCUUCUUGAUGGCGGGGAACAGAAACAUGCGACUGGAGGUGGUGGAUGAGCUCAGGGCGAGCUAUCCCGACUGGGUCGCCAACAAAAGUACGGAGAAAGAACUCGGUCGUUAUAAGCUCAUUGACGAGCCUUAUAUUGCGAAAACCUUCACGACGUCGACCUGA